AUGGCCACCUCAUCCCGCGUCGUCAUUAUCGGCGCUGGCAUUGUCGGAACCAAUCUCGCAGAUGAGCUCGUCAAGCGAGGAUGGAGGAACAUUACUGUCCUCGACCAGGGACCUCUGAACAUGCCGGGAGGCUCAACAUCACAUGCUCCAGGCCUGGUAUUUCAGACCAAUUCGUCCAAGACAAUGACACGCUUCGCACAAUACACCGUUGAGAAACUGCUUUCUCUCAAGAAAGAUGGCCAGAGUUGCUUCAACCAAGUUGGAGGGCUGGAGAUUGCCACCACACCCGCCAGAAUGGAGGAGCUCAAGAGAAAGCACGGCUGGGCGUCCUCAUGGGGCAUUGAAGCACGCCUCAUCAGCACAGAAGAGUGCGUCGAGAGAUAUCCUCUACUUAACAAGAAGAUGGUUCUCGGUGGUCUGCACAUCCCAAGCGAUGGCCUUGCAUUGGCAGCUCGCGCGGUACAGCUGUUGAUUGAACGCACGAAGGCAGCUGGUGUCAGAUACUUGGACAUGACACCCGUCACUGGAAUCGAGCAAAACGCCGGGCAUGUCACAGGUGUAACAACGCCAAACGGCUCGAUUCCUGCAGACAUUGUCGUUUCGUGUGCUGGAUUCUGGGGUGUCGAGAUUGGUGCCAUGAUUGGGCUUCCUGUCCCUCUCCUUCCACUGGCUCACCAGUACGUCAAGACGAAACCCGUUGCAGCCCUCAAGGCACGAAAGAACCCACCCAACAGCGCGAGUCUUCCGAUUCUACGACAUCAAGAUCAGGACCUUUAUUACCGCGAACACGGAGACUACUAUGGUAUUGGCUACUACGGCCAUCGUCCGAUGCCGGUCAACGCUGGGUCUUUGGGUCUGACACCAAAGGACGUGCACGAGAAGAACAUGCCAUCUCGACUUGGCUUCACACCGCAGGACUUUGCACCAGCAUGGGAAGAGUCAAAGAAACUCUUGCCCGUCAUGCAAGAAACGGAGAUUGCGGAUGGAUUCAACGGAAUCUUCUCAUUCACACCCGAUGGCGGUCCUCUGGUUGGCCAAGCGCCCAAUCUUGACGGUUUCUACGUCGCCGAAGCCGUCUGGGUGACACAUUCUGCUGGAGUUGCUCGAGCCGUGGCGGAGAUCCUCACAGAUGGGAAAUCCAAAAUCGAUAUGGGAGACGCUGAGCUCACUCGGUUUGAAGAAGUGCAACUGGCCACAGACUAUGUCAGCGAGACUUCUCAGCAAAACUUUGUCGAGAUCUACGACAUUCUGCACCCUCUCGAGCCCAAAGAGUCUCCUCGCAAUUUACGACUCAGUCCGUUCCACGCACGGCAGCAAGAACUCGGAGCGUUCUUCCUUGAGUCCAGAGGGUGGGAACGCCCGCACUGGUACGAAGCAAACGCUUCUCUUGUGAAGGAUCUCCCAUCAGCCUGGCGCCCAAACGACCGCGAUCCUUGGUCCAACCGCUUCUACUCUCCUAUCGCCGCGGCCGAAGCAUGGAAAACUCGCACCGCCGUCGCAAUGUACGACAUGAGUCCGCUCCGCCGCAUCGAAGUCUCCGGCCCUGGUGCCGUGCAAUUGCUGAACCAGCUAUGCACCGGUAAGAUCACCAAAACUCCUGGGCCAGUGGUUUACUCCCUCCUUCUCGACUCCUAUGGCGGCAUUCUUAGCGAUGCCACCGUCGCGCAACUCGGCCCUGAACUCCUUCACGUCGGCGUGAACUCCCGCGUUGAUGAAGUAUACCUCACCCGGGCCGCUAAAGCUCAAAGCUCCUCCAACCCGCGAAACUGGGUUCACAUCACCGACAUCACCAACGGAUCUUGCUGUAUUGGCCUCUGGGGUCCCAAAGCACCCGCUUUGAUCAAGACGCUUUCCGCAGAUGAUUUCUCCGAUGCCGCCCUUCCUCACCACACCGUUCGAACCGCUCAUAUCAAAGGCAUCCCUGUUGUUGCCAUCCGACUGACGCACGUCGGCGAAAUCGGCUGGGAGAUUUACACUGCUGCCGCCACCGGUCAGAAACUAUGGGACGCCAUCUACGCCGGAGGACAAGCUUUCGGUAUCAUCGCUGCGGGAAGAAUCGCGGGCAACUCGUUGCGCAUGGAGAUGGGAUACAGAGACUGGGGAUCGGACAUGUCAACCGAGCAUACACCUUACGAGGCAGGACUGGGCCAUAUCGUCGACAUGAGCAAGGAUGACUUCGUCGGCAAGAAAGCGCUGCAGGGUCAAUCAUACAACACGGUGACUCGCAGACUGCGGUCGCUGGUAUUGGAGGACAAGAAGACCGUCGUCCUAGGCAAAGAGCCGGUGUUCUACAAAGGACAGUGCGUGGGGUAUGUGACAAGUGCUGGAUAUGGCUUCACGGUGGGAAGGUGCGUGGCAUAUGCGUACUUGCCCAUUGAGGUACGCGAGGGUGAGAAGGUGGAAGUGGAGUACUUUGGGAAUAAGGCCAGCGCUGUGGUCGUGCAGGAGGGUUGCGAGGUUGGGACCGCGAAGGAGAGAGGAAAGUCGCAGAAUGCGUGGCAGGAGUUCAGAGCAAGGUUGUGA